AUGGCUGCUGGCUGGCUGCUAGUCUUUAGUCUGACACUUUUCCAGUCCCUGGUGAUGAACCUGUCCUCCGAAGGACCCUUCCCUUCUGCCACAACAAUAAAGUCAUGGGUGGAUAAAAUGCAAGUCGAUCUUGUAACGUUGGCAAGAAGCGCAAGUGGGGUGGACGAGCUUGCCAAGAUUUAUACGAAAUACAGUGAUCUGUAUACAGUGGAAGCCAACAAUGCACGUGACUUGGUGGAAAUUGCAGCCAGCAAUAUUGAAAAACUACUGAGUAACAGAUCAAAAGCCCUGGUGAACCUUGCAAAAGAAGCAGAGACAUUUCAAGCAGCACAUCAGUGGAGGGAUGAGUUUGGGAAAAAUGAAAUCAUCUAUUACAAUGCAAAAGAUGAUCAGAACGAUUCUGAAAAGAACGAGACUGAAACUGGAAGCCAGAAAAUCAGACCAGUGUUUGAAGAAGAUGCUGUUUUUGGGCGACAAAUAUCUUACCAGCAUGCAGCAGUCCACAUACCAACAGAUAUUUAUGAAGGCUCUACAAUAGUGUUAAAUGAACUCAACUGGACUGGAGCAUUGGAUGAGGUAUUCAAAAAGAACAGAGAAGAAGACCCAACUUUGUUAUGGCAGGUUUUUGGCAGUGCGACUGGCCUCGCCCGGUAUUAUCCAGCCUCCCCAUGGGUAGAUAAAAGCCGAACUCCAAACAAGAUAGAUCUAUAUGAUGUUCGCAGAAGACCAUGGUACAUCCAAGGAGCUGCAUCUCCAAAAGACAUGCUUAUUUUAGUUGAUGCGAGUGGGAGCGUUAGUGGACUGACGCUGAAGUUGAUCCGAACCUCCGUCAUUGAGAUGCUAGAAACAUUGUCAGAUGAUGAUUUCGUGAAUGUAGUUUCAUUUAACAAUAACGCUCAGAAUGUCAGUUGCUUUAAUCAUCUUGUCCAAGCUAAUGUGAGGAACAAGAAGAAGCUGAAAGAGGCAGUCUACAAAAUCUCAGCUAAAGGAAUCACUGACUACAAGAAAGGCUUUACCUAUGCUUUUGAACAGUUGCAAAAUCACAGUGGCUCUAGAGCUAAUUGCAAUAAGAUCAUUAUGUUGUUUACUGAUGGUGGUGAAGAAAGAGCACAAGAGAUUUUCCACAGAUACAACAAAGACAAAAAAGUACGUGUAUUCACAUUUUCUGUUGGUCAACAUAAUUAUGACAAAGGACCCAUACAAUGGAUGGCCUGCCAAAAUAAAGGUUACUAUUAUGAAAUUCCUUCCAUUGGAGCGAUAAGAAUAAAUACACAGGAAUAUUUGGACGUUUUGGGGAGACCGAUGGUUUUAGCUGGAGAUAAGGCAAAACAAGUCCAGUGGACCAAUGUGUAUUUGGAUGCACUGGAACUGGGCCUUGUCAUUACCGGGACUCUGCCUGUCUUUAAUAGAACAGUAGACCAACAAGGGAACAAGAACCAGCUGAUUCUUGGAGUUAUGGGAGUUGAUGUCUCUUUGGAGGACAUAAAAAACCUGACACCACGGUUUACAUUGUGCCCAAAUGGUUACUAUUUUGCAAUUGACCCUAAUGGUUAUGUUUUACUUCAUCCAGAUCUUCAACCAAAGCAUAUUGGUGUGGGCAUACCAAAAGUUAAUGUGAGAAAAAGGAGACCCAAUGCCCAGAAUCCUAAAUCUCAGGAGCCUGUUACACUGGAUUUUCUGGAUGCUGAGCUAGAAAAUGAUAUUAAAGUUGAGAUUCGGAAAAAAAUGAUAGAUGGAGAAAGUGGGGAAAGAACAUUUAAAACAUUGGUCAAGUCUCAAGAUGAGAGGUAUAUUGACAAAGGAAAUCGAACGUAUACAUGGACCGCUGUGAAUGGCACAGAUUACAGUUUGGCCUUGGUAUUACCAUCCUACAGCUUUUACUACAUUAAAGCCAAAAUAGAAGAACCAAUAACUCAGGCCAGAUAUUCAGAAACUCUAAAGAUUGAUCACUUUGAUGAAGCUGGCUAUACCUUUAUAGCACCAAGAGAAUACUGUAAUGAUGUAAAAGUAUCAUACAACAACACUGAAUUUCUUUUAAAUUUCAAUGAGUUUAUUGAUCGAAAUACCCCAAACAGCCCUUCAUGUAAUGCUGAUAUGGUCAUUAGAGUUUUGCUGGAUGCAGGAUUUACGAAUGAACUAGUUCAGAAUUAUUGGAGUAAGCAAUCUCUCAAUGGAGUUGUUGCACAGUUUGUGGUUACGGAUGGUGGAAUCACUAGAGUUUACCCUAAAAGGGCAGGAGAUGAUUGGACAGAAAAUCCUGAAACUUACGAAGUCAGUUUCUAUAAACGGAGCUUGGAUAAUGACAACUAUAUCUUCACAGCUCCAUACUACAACAAAAGUGAAGCCAGUAGCUAUGAAACAGGCAUUAUGGUGAGCAAGGCUGUGGAAAUAACCAUUGGUGGAAAACUUCUUAAACCCGCAGUUGUUGGAAUAAAAAUUGAUGCAACCAGCUGGAUGGAAAAUUUCACCAAAACCACAACCAAGAGCCUGUGCAACAGUGAACUUUGUGGCUGUGAAAGAAACAGUAUGCACCUGGAUUGUGUUGUUCUUGAUGACGGUGGAUUUCUUUUGAUGUCAAAUCAGGAUGAAUAUACCCAACAGAUUGGACGAUUCUUUGGUGAGAUUGACCCUGACCUGAUGCGAAACCUCAUUAACAUGUCCUUAUAUGCCUUUAACAAGUCUUACGACUAUCAGUCUGUGUGUGAUCCUGAAGAAGAACCAAAGCAAGGAGCUGGUCUUCGUUCUGCAUACGUACCUACAGUAGCGGAAAUUUUGCAUGUCGGAUGGUGGGCCUCUGCAGCCGCCUGGUCUAUCUUGCAACAGCUGUUUUUGGGCCUGACUUUUCCACGUUUCCUUGAGGCAGCGGAAGCAGAUGAUGAGGAUUACGCUACUAUCCUAUCCAAACAGAGCUGCAUUACUGAGCAAACUCAGUAUUUCUUUGAAAAUGAUGAUAAAUCCUUUGGUGGGAUUGUAGACUGUAUAAACUGUUCCAGACUUUAUCAUGCAGAAAAGCUUUCACACACCAAUCUAGUAUUUAUAAUUAGUGACAGCCAACGGAUGUGCCGCUCCUGUGACCCAAAGCCAUUGAUGCAAGCAGAAAAGCCGGAUGAAGGGCCAAAUCCUUGUGAAAUGGUGAAGCAGCCCAGAUACAGAAAGGGGCCUGAUGUCUGCUUUGAUAACGAUAAUGCGGAAGAUUCGUCAGACUGUGGUGGGGUCUCUGGACUGAGCCCACCACUCUGGUCUAUGAUAGGAAUCCAGUUUGUCCUGCUUUGGCUGUUAUCUGGCAGCAGACAUUGCCAGUUAUGA